UAAAGAAUAAAAAAAGUAAACACAAAUAUGUUCAAAAUAAUGUAUGGGGCAUCCUGUAUAGCACCUCGCGUCAUUAUUAGAGGAGAGGCAUGAGGCUCAUUUCCUCUUCUUCCCUGCUCCUCCUCUCUGCGUCACCCAGAGGAGAGAAAGAGAGCGGGGUCCAGAAAAAAAGAAAAAAAAACUUUGGAGACAGGGCUGACAUUCAAAAUGCACCCUUCACUCAAGUCUAGUCUGGUUGAACAAACCAACACUUAAAUCCAGUAAAUACUCCCAGGAAGGAGAAGUCUUGGUUUACAUCUUUUUGGUUGCUUCCACAUGACAGAUUCAUAGCUUCUUUUUCGUCUCCUUUCUCCUGCGUCUUUUGGCAAUGUUUCCCAGCCCCGGCACGUCCACACCCUUCUCUGUCAAGGAUAUAUUAAACUUGGAGCACAAUCCCGACGUGAUGGUAUCUUCUCUGGACUGCUCCACCUCCUCCUCCUGCAUGCUGGCCCGCCUGAAGCAGGAGCCUGUCCGGGACGCGUCCGCCGCCGCCGCCGCCGCCGCCGCCUCUCUGUUUCAGCAGGACGUCCAAGACUACAACAAGACUGCCAGGGGCAACUUCACGUCCAGCUUUUAUGGCAAAUCGCUUUUAGGGAUGGAAGUUGAGAGGGGUGCGAAAUCAGAUGCGUUUGAGGAGAAACGAAGAAAAGAUGGUUUCAGCGGCCACGCCGGGCCUCUGGAGGACGCGAAGCCCACGGACGUGGAGCGGCCCAAGCCUCGGAGACGCAGGAAGCCGCGGGUCCUCUUCUCCCAGGCGCAGGUGUACGAGCUGGAGCGCCGCUUCAAGCAGCAGCGCUACCUGUCCGCCCCGGAGCGGGACCACCUGGCCGGCGUGCUCAAGCUCACCCCGACCCAAGUCAAGAUCUGGUUCCAGAACAGGAGGUACAAGUGCAAGCGACAGAGGCAGGACCAGAGCCUGGAGAUGGUGUCGCUGCCGCCGCCCAGGAGGGUGUCGGUCCCGGUGCUGGUGCGGGACGGGAAGCCGUGCCUGGCCGGAGAGGCGGCCGCCUACAACCCUUCCUACAGCGUGGGGCCCAUCAACCACCUGGCUUACAACAACUACCCGGCCUUCGGCGGAUACGCGGGGCCCGGAUGCAACACGAACUACGCCUGCGGCUACCCUGCGGGCGGCGUGCAGAGCGCGCAGGGCCCGUCCGGCGGCGGCGGCGGCGGCGGCUACGUGAACUUUGGGGUGGGGGACCUGAACAACGUCCAGAACACGUUCCCCCCCGGUAACGGCGUGUCCUCGCUGCACGGCAUUAGGACGUGGUAGCAGAAGCACCGAGCAGGAAACGCGCCCGGUUCCGUUCGAGCGGAGAAGACUGCAUGUGGAUUUCUAAAGGUGUCCGAACAGGACCUAUUUAUUUAGCCAUAGCUGUUUGAGGUUGUUUUUCUCCUUUUUUUUUUUUUUAUUAUUUAGCACUAUUCUUCUUCUUUCUUAGAUGACUAAAACUUUCAUUUAUGGCGCACUGUGUACUUUCUGCGCAAAUGAUAACUAAUAGUAGCAACAAUAAAUAGGCUAUGCAAGAUCCAGGCUACUUUAAUCUUGAAUUUCACUUUUUUUUCCCAGAACCUUUCUCCUUCUUACUACUACAACUGCAACAACUUCUAAUGAUAUUAAUACAUUUAUUCUAAUAUUAAUGAGAAUAAGCUUAAUUAUAAUGGUUCGCUUCAAAUAUGCUCUACAAAGAUCUACGUUUUCCUUAUAAGAAGGAAUUUUGUGGGACUUUGAAUAUUUCCCACAGGAAUUACAGUUAAAUUAUUUAAAUUUCACAUAAACGCAAAGUUAAACGUUGUAUUAAAUUAUAACCGUCUUGUUAAAAUACUUGAAGAGAAUUUAAUAAAGGAAACCGGUGUGUCAAGCUGCGGAUCUUUUGGAACAUGAAUCCAUAUUUCUGAGCAGAUGUUGAGUUAAAUGAUUCCAACCCACAUUCAAUAUGAACUUUCUCAACACAUUAGGGAAGCUGUGAUUUGAGACAGUAUUAAUCUAAUUUAAUUUUAAUGGUUCUUUUAAAAAACAAUUUUUUUUUACAGUGGUCUUUUGCUUUGGUUACUUGUCUUGUAUGGAUGGACAUAUUAGGUUAGUAAAAGUAAAGAACCGUGAUAAGACUUGUGGCUGUGAAAUUUGCUUUGUUUGAGAAAGAGCUCACGUUUGUAUCCAUCCAUAGCCGGGUAGAUCCACAUUAAGUCAUAUUUGCUGGCACACUGCAUGUGUUUCUUAACCCUGAGGCCAAUAAAUGACACAUCUUGGCUGAUGUUAACAUGUGCAGGUUUACAUGCCACCUUGUUGGAAUAGAUUUUUAAAAUACAUCACCUUUCUAGCUACGUUUUACACUUUAAUUACAGUCCAAUUGAAUUUUUUGUGUCUUUUUAGAACCGGAAGAUACGACAAACGAGCAAAAUUACCCUAAUCGGUUAGGAUGUCUAAAAUGUACCCGAGGGUCUACACAACUGUCGUAAUUUUGCACAGAAACAUUCAAACCUACCCGAAUGAAACAAGUGCAA